CACCGCUCACUUCCCGCGUCGUCAAAAGAAGUCGAUCUCGAACGAAACGUCCUUCAGUCUUUGGACUCAGUUCCACUGCUUGCCAUUCGUCGGUUUUCUGCUCGCUCGUUGAGAUUUAUGGAUGCCUAUAGAAAAGGGCUAAACGGCAAGCAAGCGGCAUGGGCCUCGAAGAAGUAUCGCGGUCAUCGAGUUUUACCUGAGACAAUCAUGCGAGAUUUGACGGAUGCGGGUUUGGUUGACAACACUUGUUGA